AUGGCAACACUAUCAUUCUCCCUCGCCCCUCCAGCCAUCCUCCGUCUCCACGACGCGCUCGCGUGUCUAACCAAAUUCAACGAGAGCGUAUCCAUCGAAGCCGAAUAUGACCUGCUCCGCCUGAGUACUCUAAAUACCGCAAAAACGGCAUAUGUAUCGUUUGUAUUUGACUCGGAAAAGUUCUUCUCAAAGUACUCCUUCAGUCUUCGCAAGGACGCGAAUGCGAGUGGCACAAGUCAGAGUUUGCAUCGCUUUUCGUGUCAGAUAUAUCUAAAGGCAUUACUUUCUGUUUUCAAAGGAAGAGCAGGCGAGUCUCGUGACAAGGACGUAGCAGUCGAACGAUGCGAUGUUGAGCUUCAUGAUACUCCUGACGUUCCGGAAUGUCGACUAGUCAUUAUACUGAUAUGCGGUCAAGGUGUCGUCAAAUCAUACAAACUCACAUACGAGCCUGUGACCGUGCAACACGCUCUAUUCGACCAAUCCCGUGUCCAGAACCAAUGGAAAGUCGAGUCUAAACUACUCCGCGAAAUUAUUGAGCACUUCAGUCCAUCGGCUGAGCAGUUGGAUAUGUAUCCUGAGGGCGGAAAAGCCUUUUUUACGAGCUUCACGACGAAAGUUACUGAUGGGAAAGAAAUACUGAAACAGCCAUUCCACACCUCUGUAACGCUCGACAGCAAAGACUUUGAAGAAUACACGGUCAAAAACGGGCUACAUGUGGCUAUCAAUGUAAAAGACUUCAAGGCUGCUGUUAUCCACGCAGAUACCGUGAAAGCGUCCAUCACAGCACGGUACACCAAACCGUGUCGGCCGUUGCAAUUGCAUUACAUUGCAGAAGGAAUCGAAUCCGAGUUCACACUCAUGACGCGCGGGGAAGUCGAUGAGAAUGAGGAUGGUGAGGAUGCGCCGAAUGUGUCGAGGCCAGCGUCACAGCUAUCAGCCAGACCAGCUAUGCAGCCUGCUACUAGUAGAACGCCUGUGAGAAAGUCUAUGCCGGCGCCGCCUUCUAUUCAACAGCAGCAGUCUUCUGCUCGACCCGCGCCGUCGAGGUCCGAGAUUAUGUCAACGCCAGCAUCAAGAGCAGCAUUUGCAGAUCUAAACGACAGUCUUUUCGUCCCUGCAGACGACGACAGACAGUGGGACGAGCAAGAAUUUGGUGAGGAAGAGGAGCAGGAGGAUAUGUUAACCUGGAAUUCGAAAAUUGAGCCGGGUGCAUAUCACGAAGGUCGACCGCGGCCACUCACGGAUAGCUAUCCAUCGUUCCCAUCGGAAACAGGGGUACAGCAGAAGAAGUCUGACGAUAACGAGAUGGCGAUACCGCCAACGCAACGCAUAUCACAGCAGAUACGCAAUCUGGGGCUUUUCGAUUGA